UUCUUCUUCUUCUUCUUCCCCCCAUUUCUCACUUACUCCGGCGAUCACCGUGGUUGAGCGUCGGCGGCGGAGGAGGAGGCGAUGAUUACCAUGGAUCUGAUGGGUGGGUACGGGCGGGUGGACGAGCAGGUGGCCAUCCAGGAGGCGGCGGCGGCGGGGCUAAGGGGGAUGGAGCAUCUUAUUCUGCAGCUGUCCCAGACUGGGACGAGCGAGAGGUCGCCGGCGCCGGCGCAGGAGCAGCAGCAACAGGUGGACUGCAGGGAGAUCACGGACAUGACGGUGUCCAAGUUCAAGAAGGUGAUCUCCAUGCUGAACCGCACCGGCCACGCGCGGUUCCGGCGGGGCCCGGUGGUGGCGCAGUCGUCGGGCCCGGCGGCGUCCGAGCCGGCGCCGGUGAGGUCGUCCCCGUCGGCGGUGUCGAGGCCCAUGACGCUCGACUUCACCAAGGCGGCGUCCGGGUACGGCAAGGACGCCGGGUUCAGCGUCUCCGGCAUCUCCGCCGCGAGCUCGUCCUUCCUCUCGUCGGUCACCGGCGACGGCAGCGUGUCCAACGGGCGCGGCGGCGGGUCAUCCUCCCUGAUGCUUCCCCCGCCGCCGGCGACCAGCUGCGGCAAGCCACCGCUGUCCUCCGCCGCCGCCGCCAUGUCAGCCGGCGCAGGCCACAAGCGCAAGUGCCACGACCACGCGCACUCCGAGAACGUCGCCGGCGGCAAGUACGGAUCCACCGGCGGCCGCUGCCACUGCUCCAAGCGCCGGAAGCAUCGGGUGAAGAGGACGAUCCGCGUGCCGGCGAUAAGCUCGAAGGUGGCGGACAUCCCCGCCGACGACUUCUCGUGGCGGAAGUACGGGCAGAAGCCCAUCAAGGGCUCCCCCUUCCCACGAGGAUACUACAAGUGUAGCACGCUGCGCGGUUGCCCGGCGAGGAAGCACGUGGAGCGCGACCCGACCGACCCGUCCAUGCUCAUCGUCACCUACGAGGGCGAGCACCGCCACUCCCCCUCCGCCGCCGGCCAGGACCACCCGCCGGCGCCGCCUCCGCCGCUGGCGCUGCCGCUCGCCUGAGAUACCCCCGGUGAAGAAGAGUGAGAAUUAGCUUGUCGGUCAUCAUAAUUACCGUUAGAAAUUAUUUUUUUCGUUUUUCUCUCUUUUUUUUUCUUUUUUUUACUGCAUCAUUGUAGAACUAGCGUGUAAAACAAUUUUAGGAGACUUUGAGACUGAGCUUUUACUGAAGAAAAAAUAAAGCAGAACAAAAAAAAAAGAGAAGAAGGCGAUCGAGACUA